UUUUAUACCACAUUUAAUAUUUGUAAAUGUGGUAUAAAAUAGUGUCAUCACACAAAGAGUUACUAAGGUGAUGAUCUUGUUAAUGAUUAUCCACAACUGGCUCGAUAUCUUAUCUGAGCUCUCCACUCACCACUCAGUCUUCUGAAGCUGCAACUCGGAGGCAAUGUCCACUCACUUGGAUUUUUGUUCUGGCUUUUCUUGAUAUAUUCCAUAGCAGCUAGAAUGGCUGGUUUAUAUGCCUUGACAUUUCCGUUGAGUGUUUUUGUUAUUUUCUUCACUUUUCCUGACUCAAAUUUAGGAUUGUUGUCCGACUACAAGAUUUGUGGUGGAUCUGGAUGUGAAAGUCCCAUGAGCAGGGUUCAGGCCAUUGUGGACCACCGAGGAAAAGACUGCCGUUUCCUUAACUUCCAGAAAGGAGAAAUAAUCACUGUUUACCACAAACUUACGGGGAAAAGAGAUGACCUGUGGGCAGGCAGUAUCAAUCAAAACUUUGGAUAUUUUCCAAAGGAAGCAGUAAAGGAAGAUCACAUUUACACCAGUGAAGAGAAAAUAUUUGAAACACAGACGUCUGAUUUCAUCUGUAUGGAUGAGUUGGUCUAUCCUGUGGACUCCAGUCAUUGGGAUAUUGAGAAUGAUCACAGGGAAACAGAUCAGCAGACAACCACGCAGAUGGACGUGACAAAGACCGAAAAUCAAUCGGAAGAAUCUGUUGCCGUUGAAAAUCAAUUGCAGGAAGUUAUUGAGGAGCUGGACAAACAAGGUGGGUUGAAGUCUUCUUCCUGGCUGAGUCCUUCAAGAUGGUUAGGUUUUACAAAGGAGGAGGAACCUGAGGACAAGGAGACAAAUGGUAAUAUAGUUGAGAUACAAGCUCAUGAAUCAACCUCCUCGCCAGUGGAGAGUGAAGAACACAAAAUGGGAGCCACAGAGUUGCUUACGUCUACUGUCUCUGACUGGAUUGGCUUUGGACGAAAUGAUGGACAAAAGCAUGAAGAUUUCACCAAAAACAAUGACGACAUCAAAGAAGAAAGAAGUAAAACUGCAUACAAAGGCAGAAAAAUUAAUCUGGAGCUUGAUGACAAUCACUUGCAGGAAGAGAAGAACGAGAUGGGAACAUUUGCCUGGCUAGGUAACGGGCUCUCAAGCAAACUUGGAUUAGGUGACAGCAAUCCAGGUCUGACAGAUUUUGUCAACGAAAACAAAGAAACAAAGGAUAGCACAUCAGAGCAAAGACCAAGCUCCUGGUUUGGUUUAGGAAUCGAAGAUAUGUUACCCUUUCGCAAAGAUGAAACUGCAGAAACUGAAUCUGCUCAGGAGGAAGCAAAACCAGGGGCUGCAGAUACGUCUGGUUCUGGUGAAUCUUUGACUGAAGCUGUCAGCCAACUUGGAAAUAAUCAAGACAUGACAAAUCGAGAGGAUAAUAUAGCACAAUUUGUAACAGCAGCCGGUGAUAAACCACAUAAUGUGGCUACUGAAAAAAUAUAUAAUUCGGAAAAGUUAAAUCACGGUGUUAGCUUAGCUGGUUCAACAGAUGAUGAAGUGAAAUUAGAAGCUAUUGCUGAUUCAGAAGGCAGUGAGGAAACCAAACAGAUGAAUCCCAGAAAUAUUGACCACAGUAAUGGAGCCAUCUCUCCCAGUGAUUCUUCAGUCACAGAAAACAAAGCUACAAACGUCUUAAGUGAUGAUGUUGUAACACUAGCCCAAAGCCACAAUGAAGCUUCUCAGAAGCUGCAGAUGACACCACAGGAAACAGACAACAAGGAGGAGAAUGUUCAAGAGACAGAUAACAGUUUUGGAUCGGGUACAACUCUGAUAAAAACAGAGGAGAAACACAAAGAGAAACCUUUUCAGGUUGAAGAAACGGGGGUCACAGACGAGCAGGAAAAAGCAGUGCAAGAUAAAGGGUUUAAACUUAAAGAAGAAGAAAGAAAUGUGGAAUUAGGACAUGAUGAGAGCGAGAUAUUGUCUAAAGAAGAGUCUGAAGAAGAGAGAGAAGAGAAGCCAGAGUUGAAUGGAGAUGAGCAGGAUAAAAUGAAUGUCUUAGAAGAAAGACAUAGUCAAGAAGGACUAAAAGAUGAUCAUGAGGAGCUGGAGAUUCAGGAGGAAGGAGAUAAGGUGGACAGUGGGAUAGUAAAUGAUACCAAACUAGAGAUUAUGCAGACGCAAGUAGGAAGUAAUCUAACUGAAAUAAACUAUAAUAGAAUAGAACAUGAUGAAGAUUUAAAGAAGGAAGACCAAGAGGGAGCAAUGAAGGCAUCACAAAAGGAAGUUAAAGAUGAUGUUGAGCUGGGUCAAGCCCAAACUGAAAUGAUCAAGACAGACAAGGAAAACGAGAACAUCGAGAUGAAGCAUGAAAAUAGUUUGGUGGUGAUUCAAGGGCAAGAUGUUGGUGGCUUCAGUCGAGAAGAGGAGAAGGAGAUCAGCACAGACACUCGGAUUCAGGACAAUAGGGAAGAAGAUAAGAAACUUGUGAACCAGGACUGCAAAGGUCAACAAGAGCAAAUAGAUGAAAGAGAAGAGCAGAUUGAGAUGCUAAAUGAAGAGAAACAAGAGAGCGAUAUAGAUCUAGAAGGAUGUAUUACAGAAGAGGAGAAGCAAGAGGAGAUUAAAAAUGGCAAGGGGCCCCAGGAAGAAGCAGAGGAUGACCAGAUAGAGCAAAGAGAGAAAGCAGAGCCAGUUGGCACAGGGGGAGAUGAACCGGAGAUGAAAGAGGAGAAAAAACAGGAACUGCCAAGUGUACCAGAGGAGACACAGGAGGAAGGGCUUGAGGGGAAAUUAGAUACAGCAUUGGAGAAUCAAGAACUGGAAGAAGAGGAACAGCUGGUCAAUCAACAGACGGAACCGGAUGAACGAGAGCCAGAUGAGGUGGAGAAUGCAGAUUAUUGGCUGGUAAAGGAAGAUAAUAUCCUGGACACAGUGGAAAACGGAGAGACUGAAAUGUUGAUGAAAGAGGAAGAAAGUAAAAUUAAAGUGCAUGAGAAGAAUGUGAAGGACUCAAAAAUGAAGAUUGAAGAAUUGCAAAUUACUGAAGAAAGCAAGAAGGAGGUAGAAGAGAAGGAAAUGCAACAGGAAGAGCAGAACAUUACGGUUGGUGUGAACAUUACAGUUGAGAAUGAUGAGGAGCAGGAGGCACGGUAUUUUAGAGACGAGAUUGAACCAGGCGAAACAGAUGUCAAAGAAGUCAGUGGCCAGGGGCAUACUAUAGUGAAGGAGCUGGUGACACAAGUGGACACUGCAGAGCAGGAGACACACGUGGAAUGGGAAGAAGAGGAAGUAGUGAGGGAAAAGCAGUUUAUCGUGGAAAAGCUGGUAGAAGAAUUCAAAGAAACACCGGAACAAAAAGACACAAAUAAGAGUGACACUGAAGUGCAGGACACUGAAGCAGGACAAGCGAUGAAAGAUGAGGACGAGGAAAAUCAGGUAGAGGGAAACAAAAACAGAUACGAAGGGAAAAUAGAGAAUAAUCAAGAGGUACAGCUGGAAAAGGACACCCCACAAGAUGAAGCAAGAAAUGACCCCAAAAGAGUCUCACCAAAUGACAUUGAGCAAUCUGUGUAUGAUGAGUCCAAUGAGAAUGAAAUAGGAGACGAUGUGAAUGUACUAGGUGAGACAGUGACCAAUGUAGCUGACAGCAACUUGGGUCAAGUUUCGCAUCUGUCAGACGAAGAUGACAGUGGAACAUUGGGUGCUCUGGGUCUGUUCAAACAUGCUAUCUCUUAUUUUGGUGGAUCAUCAGAUACAGAAAUUAGCAAACCACCAGAACCUGAUUUGACUUUGGAAACAGAUUCAGGGCCAAAGACAGAGUUGGAGUCCGAACAAGACUCAACAACUAGUUAUACUCACCUUUCACCAACACCUUCCAACCCAAGUAAUCCACCUCCAGAGAUAGAAAGAGCCAACAAAGCAAUCUUCACACAAUACAGGAGUCUCUUGGCACACAUGAGCGUGGAUGAGAUGAAGGUUCUGAUAGAACUUUUUGGACAAACCAAACUCCAGUUCUUGGACUUCAUCAUGGGCCAGUCAGAGAAUGUGAUUGAUGAGAAUGAUAAAACCAUUAUGUCAGACAUAGAAACCCUCCUUCAAUACCAUGAAGAAAGUUUGGUGGCUCCUAACAAGGUUGACAACAGAGAAACAGCCACACACGUGAUUGCCCUUCAGAAACUCCAAAUACUGUUGGAUAGGGUGAGAGAUAUGUUCAGCACCAGAACUCCAGACAUCAAAAGGGAAGACCACCAAGUCAGUUGUGUUGGUGAUAACUGCCAGUCAAACAGCAAAACUAAGACUCCAAGCAACAAGGACAAGUCAAAAAUGGAGAAUGAUGAGCGUGCAGAAGAACACAUAGGACAAAAUGAGGAAGCAGAAAAACAGAAAGAGAACAUGAAAAGUACAGGAAGUGACUCUUUCUCUCAAGCCAUGGAAGAGUUUACGAAGAAGAUUUUGGACAUGAUAGUACAUAUUUCUGGCGACACAUCUGCACAUGUUGAUGUGGUGGAACAAUUCUUUUUAAAGGUUGUGUUGGCUUUGCCUGAUGACAUCCGCCCUGGGCCUGAUCUAUAUGGAGUACCAUGGGAGCCAGUAAUCGCCACCAGUCUGUUGGGUUUUUUAACAAUGCUUCUCUUUACUUGCCGAUGUUAUAGUUCAGUAAAAAGCAGAAUGAAUAGAAGCAAAGAGCAGUGGAUGGCCAGUCAAGUUGCUCAGAUGCUGGAUGAGAAGUGUAAAGUGCUUGAGACAUUCAGUAAAUAUCAGGAAGAGUACAAUGAGCUGGAGGACUUGCUCAGAGGUAAUGGAAUGUUAGCCCAAACUCAAAAGUCCAAACAUUUGCAGGUUAAAGCCAAGCAACUGGAAAAGGCUAAAACUGAGAUGGAUGGAAAUCUUGCACAGCUUAAGGAACAACUAGAUCAACAGAGAGAACACAGACUGGAACAAGAAAGAAGGAUUGCAGUGCUUGAGAUGAGCUUGAAAACAUUUGAAGAAGAAAAUAAAGAGAUCCAGUCACUUGAAGAACAGGCACAAACGACCCUCAAGGUUUAUGAUAUGAAUAGUGACAGAAAACAAAGAACCCUCGAAAGUGCUGCAGAAGAAAACACACUGCUACAGGAAAGCAAUGCUCAGUUGAGGCAGCAGGUGGAAGGUUGGGCCGAGCGUGUGAGCGAAUUAGAAGAACAGAUGAGAAGAUGUGAAGUCAUCUACUCCGGAAUGGUGCAGGAUGUGGCCAACAAGGAUGAGCGUAUAACGGCUUUGACUGAUCGUCUUUUAAGAAUGAAAGUUUGGGAUUCAGACCUGGAAUGUGACGAAGAGAAGGAGACGUCUAAUGGGACAGCUGAUAGGGGAGAGGAACAAGGCGAAAUUCAGAUCCAGAAAGUCCAGAAACUAAUUUAUGCUGCAAAGCUAAAUGCUGACCUCAAGUCAGUGGACGAAGACAAGGAUAGGGUGUUUGCCAAACUGAACGAUGAGGUCAAAGCAAAAGAGGACCUAGAAGUGAGCAUUGAAGAGAUGGAGAAGGAGAAGCUUUCUAUGCAGACAGACUCUGAGCACUACUCCGAACAGGUGCAGAAGUUACAACAGAAACUCCAGAUUAUGACAGAAAUGUACCAGGAGAAUGAGCUCAAGCUCCACAGGCUACUGACAGUGGAGGAGAAGGAGCGUCUGCAGAAAGAGGAGAAGCUGAACAAAGCGGACAAAAACAUUGCCCUGGCCAUCGAGGAAGUCAAAAAUUACAGGCACCGUGCAGAAGAGAUGGAAGAGGAACUGGAGAAAACCAAACAGUCAUAUCAGACGCAAAUAUCCGCGCAUGAGAAAAAAGCUCAUAACAACUGGCUGGCAUCUCGGGCAGCAGAACGAGAGCUGACAGACAUCAGGAGAGAGAAUGCCCUCAUCAGACAAAAGCUAACAGACACGCAGUUCAAAUUGGAUGCCCUCGAUAAAGACCCCUAUGCCUUGGACACUCUGGCUAGACCAUUGCCUUAUAGAGGAGAGCGGUCGCCCUUUGGUCCUUCUCCUCUUGGUCGGCCUGCAUCUGAGACCAGAACGUUUCUUUCUCCUCCCACGUUAAUGGAGGCUCCACCCCCACGACUUUCUCCAAGAAUGCCUGGUGUUCCACCGGAGCCCCAGGUCCAAGGAGAAAGAGAAGGCAGUGGUCCACACUCAGACAGCAGCUCAAUCUCACCUACAUGGGAGAGAGAUCGAAGGGGGCCUCCACCAGGACCUCUUGGGCCAAUGGGACCUCCGGGCUACUUGCUGCCUGAGCCAGGAGGUCCUGUGUACAGAAGACCCCUACCUCCUCCUGGGGUAAUGGGACCUCUUCCUCCUCCAGGCCCCCACCCACUUGGCCUUCCUCCACCACAUCUACGGGGUCCCCCAGGACCCCCCCAUCCUGCUGACAUGGCAGUCCGUCCAGAUGGCUCAUUCAGAGAAAACAGCUUUGGACCUGGAGACCUGAAUCACAGAGAGAUUGGUCUUCCUGAUCGAAGGACGCCGCCUGAUGCAGAUAUGAGACCUGGUGGAUUUCCUCCUCCCAGGCCUCCUAUGGGACCAAUGGAUGGACCCUUUCCUCGCAGGGGUCCUUAUGGACCUCCACCUCCUGAUUUCUACCCACCCAGGGGGCCAGGAGGAGCUCCAAUGAUGCCUAUGUGGACUCCUCCUCAUCCAGGGAUGAUGAUGCCUCCUCGAUUCCCUCCAGACGGACCUCCUCCACCUCACAUGCCACCCUAUGGCCCCCCUGUACGCCAUCUACCACCAGAAGGUCUCCCACCUCCCUCUGUGGGUCCUCCUCCUCCCCAGGCAUCUCUUCCUCCACAACCACACAGCCAGUCGCCAGACGAGCACAUGCCAUCUCCUCAGGAUGUCAUUUAACGCUACAGUUUUUCUCCUUUUUUUUUCCAUAUGAGGAAAUAGAUGGAUGGAUGGGUGUACUGGUAUAGAUUCAAGAGAAAUCAAGGGGCAGUUUGUCAUUCUGACUGCAUCCCAUUAUGUGCCAUGUGGUGGAUAAAUUCACCAGCAGCAAAGCAGACUAUCAGUUUCCACAUGUUUGUGCAAAAUGUCGACACUUGAAUGAGAUAUGAGGCAAGAGGAUUUCACCAUAGGUCAAGUCUUGUAUAUACAGGAAAAUGGCUUGACCGUGGUGAAGACUCGUAUGAGAGAAGUAAUCAAACAGCAUAAUCUAGCUGUAGACACACUUCUCCAUGAUUUAUUUAUUUUAGUAAUGUGUCAUUACUUGAAUUGUAUUCCACCCAAUGGCCUUAUUUCAACCAUGUGACCCAUUUUCUUUCGACAUCAAUAGUUUUCCCAAUUAUUUGUGUUGCUGAAAAUACAGCAGAGGUGUUUAUUGACUGGAAGUGAGGCUCCCAACUUUUAGAGCCAAAAUGAAUUUUGUAAAAAGUGUAUAAAAAAUAAAAAUAAAGAGUAAAUAGAUGAUCACUACUUCAAGUCUUAGCCCAAUGUUUAAGUAGAAUAUCUGGUUUGACUGGAUUACUACAGUAACCAGUACAAUAUUUUUUUUAUAUUGGUUACAAAUAUGUUGAACUGUGGUGUUAAUGAAAACGGGUAAAUAUCCCUUGUGGUCCCUUGGAGGUAAAGGGAGUCAAGAAUCCAGCUUCUGAUCCCUGAUUUUCAGAAGAAGGCCUACAUCAAGUUGCUUUCAUUUCAAGUAUUCAAUGGACGUAAACAAUGCCACUAUUUCUAAAACAGUUUUAUUGAGAAAACAUCCAAUUUAUCACCAGCCAAGACUUCACCUGACACAUAUCACACUAGCAAAGCAAUGCGUUACCAGAACAUGAAGAAAACAUAAGUAAAACGUAAAGAAAAUGUGUCUGCUUGCCCAUGAACGCUAACAAUCCUCUGUGGUGGUGGUUCGGUACAACGGUAAAAACAGAACAAAUCACUUCCAUUAAGGAAGAUCAUGUAAGUAGAGGUAUGUUUGUUUCUAUAUAAAAUGGAAUUGUAUAGAAAAGAGGUAGAUAUGGAAACCCGAUAAAGGGUUGUUUUUUUUUGUAAAAACUAACUUGUUAUCUUCCUUUUUUGUACUUAUUGGCAUGUUUCUCACACAAUUUUAAAUGUAAUAUAGAUCCACUGCACCAAUUAGUUAACCUUCCUCACUAUGCUGGACGUUUGGCAUGUUUUGGGCACUUGCUCUAUACUAUUCCUGCUCAGCUCUGACAAUAGCCAUUCACAUGUUCCAAAUGAAGGCAAAAUAACUUUAUUGGCACUAAGAUGCUUGCAAAAAAAUAAUGAAAUAACCAUAUAAAAGAGUGACUCUGAAAGUGACAUAACUGACUUCAUUUUUUGCCCAUUUUUGAUAGAAAUUAAUAUAAAA